UCAAGAAAAAGGUUACAUAGACAAACACAACAACGACAAACCAAAGCACAUUGCUCCGAAAACAACGUUAGGAGAAACAGCACUCCAAACUUUGACGCAACGCCCAUCACCACCACCAACCGCCCACCAAUGUCCGCCGCCACCUGCCUUUUCACUCCUUCCUCUUUCCCAUCCUACUCUCCUCUCCCUAGGACCACCCCUAAAUUCUCCAACACUUUCCCUCUCCACCUUCAUCUCCGCCUUUCCUCCUCCUCCAUCAGUCUCCGCCACCGCCAACCUUCCCCGUUCUUAACCUUCUCUACCCUCCCCGGCGGCGAUGGUGGCGACAUUAACAGCAGCAACAACAACAACUCAGGUGGUGGCGGUGGAAACAAUGACAAUGGAAAAGGCAAGGGUGGUGAUGAGAAUGCGGGUGAUAAGAACAGGAAAGAGACGAUGAUUGUACUGGCGGAGGCAGGGAGGUCAAUGGAGAGUUUGCCGAAGGACUUGGCGGCAGCGAUCCAAGCUGGGAGGAUUCCUGGAUCGGUUAUAGAGAGGUACUUGGGGCUUGAAAAGUCGGGGUUUAUGCGGUGGUUGAUGCAGUUCGGUGGGUUUAAAGAAAGGCUUUUGGCUGAUGAUCUUUUCUUAGCUAAAGUUGCCAUGGAGUGUGGUGUUGGGAUCUUCACCAAGACUGCUGCAGAAUAUGAACGUCGCAGAGAAAACUUUUUCAAGGAGCUUGAAAUUGUCUUUGCAGAUGUGGUAAUGGCCAUAAUUGCAGAUUUCAUGCUUGUUUAUCUUCCUGCUCCUACUGUCUCUCUCCGGCCUCCUCUUGCAGUCAGUGCCGGAGCUAUUUCCAAGUUCUUCUAUGGCUGCCCUGAUAAUGCUUUUCAGGUUUCUCUCCCUGGGACUUCGUAUUCACUUUUGCAGAGAUUAGGUGCAGUAAUGCGUAAUGGGGCAAAGCUUUUUGCAGUAGGCACUGCUUCUUCACUGGUUGGCACAGCUGUCACAAAUGCGUUGAUUAAUGCAAGAAAGGCUGUUGAUAAGUCUUCCACAGCCGAAGUUGAAAAUGUGCCCAUACUAUCCACUAGUGUUGCCUAUGGUGUAUAUAUGGCAGUUUCUAGCAACCUCAGGUACCAAGUGCUGGCUGGUGUUAUCGAACAGCGGAUUUUAGAGCCUUUGCUACACCAGCACAAGCUUAUAUUGAGUGCAAUAUGCUUUGCUGUUCGAACAGGCAAUACGUACUUGGGUUCUCUAUUGUGGGUGGAUUAUGCUCGCUUGGUGGGUAUUCAGAAGGCUCACGAAGAGAACACUGCAUUGGAUUGAUUUAUGCUGUAAAAUUAUCCAUGGUUGGAACUAUCAGUGCUGUUUCCCAUCUCAGUUCCAUGAAAGGAGGUUUGCUGGUCUCAUAGUUCAGGAAUGGGAAGCUUGGCUCCCGCGGUAGGUUUCGUUGAAUACGAAUACACUGUCUACAUCAUGGCUGAGCAGACGGUUCAAUAGUUUGAAUUUUCUUAUGUUUGUCAUUCCAAUUAUAAUAUGUAUUUUAAGGUUUCAGUUUCAGUUUUCAUUUUUUUAAAAUUCUUUUUCUACUUUCCGCCGCGGUUGUUUGCGUUGGCCCCUGAUUUAGGAUAGCCUACCCAUUGGGGGUAAAAUGAAUUCUCUCCUCAAGUUUCAGUGGUAGAGACCUUUUAAUAUAAACGGAAGGUUUUUCCUA